AUGAAGCUUUUACCUUUAGUCGCCUUCGCUACCGCCGCUCAUUGCAAUUUCACUUGCAUCAAGCCGAUCAACCCAAUUCCUGCAGGGCUUCCUGGCUUAUGCUGCAAGGUCCUGAACCAAGACAUUUUGCUCACGUUUCUGUACACCGGCGAAAGCUGCAAAUCUGCAACGAAGUUGUUUGAAGCCGCGGAUGGAAGCCAAACCUACAGUCCGUGCGACGCUGAUGAGCACGAGGCAUGCUGCGAUCCGCUGGUGGAAGAAUUGAGCCCCAAUAUUAAUCCUACGUGUGUGCUCCCCGAGUCACAGUAA